CAAAACCCACCCUUUAUAAACUACUUUGGGAUAUCAACUAUUAUUUUAUUCUUUUUUGGCACUUUCCCUAUUGCCUUCUUAGUGUUCUUUCUCUCAUAAUUAACCAAGGGGGAGAACCACCAAGAAGGUAUAGUAAUAAUUAACUUUCUUUGUUUCCUCAUUAUAUUCUCUCAACAAAGAAAACCAAAAACAACAAUUUGUGUCUAGCAAUAAUAAUUGAACAUGGGUAACUGUGGUGCCAAGCCUAAGACUAAGGAAGGUCUUGAGCCAAUUGAAGAGGAGCCGGUGAUGAACCAGAAUGAGCUCAAGCAUAAGGAAAAGAAUGAAGAUGAACAAGAAAAUAAUGUUGAUACCAUUAAUUAUAAUAAGUUAGAGGAGAUACCCCACAAUAAUGCUUCUGAUCAGAAGUCCCUUCAUAACUUGCUCAAUGAGAAGGAGGAGGAGGCACCAAAAUUGGAGGCGGCAGAGGCGGAGGCGUCCGGCGUGGCGGAGGUGGUAAAGUUAGAGCUAGUAGAGCCCAAGGAGUUAAAGGUUAUUCAAGAAGAGAAUCCCAGCAGGGAAGAGGCAAAGAUUGAGGCCUAGAUAUAAUAGCUAAGAACAUGCACACCCUUUAAAACAUUAACUAUAGAUAUGGUUGUGAUGCAUGCUUUUAGCUAAUAAUAAUAAUAGUUAUUAUUAUUAUUAAUGAUAAUAAUUAAUAGCUAUAUAUGAUAACUUUUAGCUUUUCAGUUUUGAGCUUCAACAAGACUUUGACUUUGUUUGGGUUUAGGAUUUGUUGAUUUGAUUUAGUAGCUGGGGGAAGGAUGAUUUUCCUCUCAUACUAAAAGCAAGUGUGUUGUAUGAAUAAUUAUGUAAUGUGAAACUUUAUUAAUUAAUGCAUUAUGGCCAGGGUUAAUUAAA